AGCAAAGCUGUGUGUGUGUUGGAAGCCACUGUGCUGACUGAGGUAAUACUUCAUUUAACGAGUGAAUAUUAAAUUUGUGUCGCUGAAUUUUCAGAAAGAGAGAAAGGAGGGAGGAAGAAAGGCAUCUGGGAAUCGGUGUGUUUGGACACUUUUACAGCUUAUUCCCACGGCUAACAAGUAAACUUCCACGUCUGGCUUGGAAACUUGACACAACUGCAAAAGAAUCGGCAACCACUAUUGUGAUAGGACCAGGACAAAGGUGGACAGAUAACACAGUUUCUCACAGUUUGCACUGAUCCAAAGAAUACUUUCAUCUUCACCCCAAAUAAAAUGCGAACAGAGGAGGCAUCUAGCACAGUGCUGCACAGACUGAUCCAGGAACAGCUGCGUUAUGGAAACCCCACAGAUGCUCGCACCCUCCUGGCCAUCCAGCAGCAGGCCUUACGGAGCACGGUGAGCGGAGGAGCCGGAAGCCCACGCUCCUCAUCAGACAGCCUCUCUCAGGAGGAACGUCAGGAACCACAGGGUCAAGAACACCACGUUGACUUCCAGCACUCGGAAAUCUAUCCACCUUACCACCAUGAGCAGCUGCCCACCUACGAGCAGGCCAAAGCGAAUUCACAGCUCAUGGCUUCUCAGUGGUGCCAGGACAGGAGGAUUUGCCCAGAGGAUGACCUGAAACCCAGCCACGCUAGGUCUCUUAGCGAGCGUCUCAUGCAGCUCUCGCUUCUGCGCAGAGACAUUAAUGCGGAGUCGCUCAACAUGAGCUCAUCGUCUAGCUACCCGCAGAUAUCUGGCUAUCAAGUUGGACAACAUAACCUGAGAUUUCAGUAUCACACACCCACGUCCAAUCACACUCAUGAGUUUGACACGUUCUACCCGAAACCUCCACCACCGUUCCACUCCCAACACACCAGACUUGUCCCACCUGUGCCCUCACCCGAAGCGCGGCAUGUUUUCUGCAGUGCGCCCCCUGCUGGCAGGGAGGUCUCACCACAAAUGGAGCUCUUGAUGAAGGAGAAUGAGAGACUGAAGCAGGAGCUGGAAGGCCAUGCAGAAAAGGCGCUCAGGAUUCAGAAGCUGGAGCAGGAAAUCCAGAGGAUCUCUGAGGCCUAUGACACUUUAAUCCAAGGAUGUGUGAAGAGAGAAACGCUUGAGCAGACGCUCAGGAGUAAACUGAUGGCUGAAAUUAAGAGGCUUCAGGAUAUUAACACAGACCUGAGAGAAAGUCUGGAGAGCAGCAACAUUCAGGCGGCGAAGGACGAGAAAACUGCUGACUACAAUGAGCAAGUUAUCACUAAACUACGCAUGCAGAAUGAGGAGCAGAAGUUGCAGUGUGCACGAAUGGAGCAUGAGGUUCAGCUCCUGCGUGAGGAGACCAGCUCUGCGCAGGAACGCAGCCAGCAGCUGCAGGCCGAGCUGAACAGGAAGAGCGCCUAUGUGGAGCGGGUGGAGCGUCUGCAGGGGGCGCUGGCUCAGUUGCAAGCCACCUGUGAGAAGAGAGAGGGGCUGGAGUUCCGUCUGCGUACACGACUUGAAACGGAGCUGCGCACACUUAGGAACCAACAGAGACAGACACAAACGAGUCCGGGCGUCUCAGCAUCCUCGGCGAACGUGAGCACUCUGCUAGAGCGCCUGAGGGAACGAGAGGAGCGGAUUUUAGCCCUGGAGGCCGAUAUGACGCGCUGGGAGCAGAAAUACCUGGAGGAGAAAACCAUGAUGGAGUUUGCCAUGGACACAGCGGCCACCGCUGCAGCUCAGAGAGACACCACCAUCAUCAACAACCGCUCUCCGUGUCUGUCCUCUAAAACCAGCUGCAGUGGGGAUCUCCCUCAGGCUGAGCGUCAGAGCCAGGAAGUGGAGAACAGAAUCCGCGCUCUGUACGGACAGAUCAUGGAGAAGGAUGCCGUGAUUAGCGUUCUACAGUAUCGGCUCCAGCAGGAACAGGAGAAAGGUGAAGGCGACGAGGGUGUGUCUUCGAAUGACCUCACCCACUCUGGCUCAAGCUCCUCCUCCGAUAAAGGAAAGUGCAGCACAGACGAGCAGACAGGAAACAUGUCGAGUUUUUCCCAUGUUGCUGAUGCAGUGUGUAAGGCCAGGGGCCGGGCUGAGCCCACGACACACACAACACCAGCAGCAGAGCAACUUUCCAGUAUUCGGGAAAGCAGUAAACAGAAGGCUGUGAAUCCAUUCAAAGGUCUGGACAGUGUGGAAGCUGAGGAUGUGGAAAUCUUCAUCUGAGUGACGGAUCUCCACUGAGCCAUGGAAGUGAGAAACAGAGAGACACAGCGGUGUCCAGAGGAUCCGAAGCUAAGCUUUGGUCACACUCGUGGACCGUUCUCUAAACUCAAGGAAGGAAAGAAAAACCUGAGGAGUGUGAACAGUUCGAGCAGGAGUUAGUGUUGUGUUGCGAUUCAGAGGAAUCGGAGAGACCAGAAAUCAAUGCAAUGCUUAAACUCAUAAAUCAAUUAGAGUGCAUAAAUAUUUAUUCAGAACAUUACAUUCGUACCUGGCCAUGACUCACAGCUUCAAGACAAAAACCCAGGCCACACCCCCUCGAUUCAUUAAAGCCCUGAACCUUAAAUGUCAAAAACAUUUAGCAGAGAUUACGUCACAUCCACACUUUCACUGUUUAUAAAUCUGAUUAUGGAUUUAAAAUUUAGGAAAAAAUAUUUUUCUUCCUGUACAACCCUUCGUCUAUUUAAGAACGUUAUCUAAGUCUGUAUUUAUAAAUUUUUUCUCACUUCCUUUUUUUUCUCCCUCUCACGCUCUCGUUGAUCUCACCGCAUUGUUAUUCUCCGACAUUUUUUUUCUGGAGGCUGAAACUCUUGUGGUUUUUACAGCUCCACCUUUACUGUGCAUUCUUUUCAUUUUCUCCCAGAAGCUAGUGGAAAAAUACGCCGCAGUCUAACGAUUUUACAGAAGAUUUAAAGGGGAUAAAAGAAUUGUGGAAUUAUAAAUUAUUAUUAUUAUUAUUAUUAUUUACCCUUAUUAUUGUUUCCCGUUUGUACGAUGCAUCUGCUGGUCAGUGUGUGGUACUCACGAUCACGCCAAGCUGUGCUUUCUUCAUGUAUUUUGUUUACCGUGUGGUAAGAUAAGAUUAAUAUAUUUGCCUUUUUUCUAUUAGUGGAUCGAAUACUGAAACGGUUCAUUCCAACACUGCGUAAAAGAUG